AUGUCUUCCAACCCCCCCAAGCCAGUUUAUUUCUCCAACGGGCAGGCUGUCCAGAGCCCCCCGCUCACCGUGCGGCUCACCCGAUUCAUCGAAAGCGUUUACUUCUUCUUCGGCCUGUACUUCACUACCCUAUUAUCGCUCGACUCCUAUGCCGCCGCCGAGAACUCGUCUUUCAAUAUCAACAACCAGGGCAAUAAGUAUACAACUCGCUCUCGCUGGGGAGGCAGCACAACCCCCUACAGUGGAGGAGGUGGUGGCGGUGGUCCGGGAUUCGGACCGCGGCGCGUGGGACGUGUGGAUGACGUUCGUGGGCCGGAGUGUAAGAGCUGUCAGUAA